CAUGUGGCGUCAGUCCCUCCGCGCAGAUCCCGGAUGGAGCGGCCAUUGGGCGGAAGUGAACAGAGGUGCACAAUAACUGCGGGCUGGGAGGAGGAAAAAAUAUAUAUACACUUUGAAAUAAAUUUACACUCGGCGUGUGACAGCCUUGGAUUAAACCCCAAAACCGCAGAGCCUCUGAUACUCUCAGAAACAUCCUCAGGCUGGACUUUUAGUGCGCCCGAGAGGACCGGAUCGCCGGAAUCAAGUCGUGGAACUUGCUGAAAAAAGCGCAGUUCAGCCUGCACGGAGCCGAGAGGAACCCACGGGCUUCGGGUUACGCCGAGCACCCUUCGCUGCUGCUUCUUUUUUCUUUGCAAGACUCUUGCUGAAUCUAAAGAGGCCCUCUUGAUGAAUUAUGUCUACCACCAGUAUUGACCCACAGACAUCCAAAGGGCAAGACGCUAAAGUGCAAAAUGGCUCUCUUCAUCAGAAGGAAACGGUCCACGACAAUGACUUUGAACCAUACCUCACUGGCCAGUCUAAUCCGAAUAACAGUUACCAAUCAAUGACCGACCCAUACCUGUCUAGCUACUAUGCCCCCUCGAUCGGGUUCCCGUACCCCCUCAGCGAGGCCCCCUGGUCCACCGGUGGAGACCCGCCGAUCCCGUACCUCACUCCGUACGCCCCCCUCAGCAAUGGAGACCAUCACUUCAUGCAUGACACUGUGUUCGGACAGCCAGGGGGUCUGGGCAGUAGCAUCUAUCCGCACCGCUUUAACUUUUUCCCUGAAAACCCAGCUUUUUCCGCUUGGGGUACGAGCGGCUCCCAGGGCCAGCAGACUCAGAGUUCUGCGUAUGGGGGCAGUUACAGUUACCCGCCCAGUUCUUUAGGUGGCACCCUGGUACCCGACGGGCAAACGGGCUUCCCGAGUGACACCCUGAAUAAGGCGCCAGGUAUGAAUAGCUUAGAGCAGGGCAUGGUGGGGUUGAAGAUCGGCGGCGACGUGACUGGAGGUGGUUCUGGAGUGAAGACGGUGGGUUCGGUGAUCGGUGGAGGUCCGGUGGCGGCGGCCGUGGCCACGGGGAAUGGCGGGACUCCAAUCGGGCUCCCGCCUCCCAAACCCACGUCUUGGGCGGCCAUCGCUAGCAAGCCGGCCAAGCCUCAGCAGCUGAAGGUGAAGAGCAAGGCGGGGAUGCCCAUGGCCGGAGGCACCCUGCCUCCGCCGCCCAUCAAACACAACAUGGACAUUGGCACCUGGGAUAAUAAGGGGCCUGUGACUAAAGUGGCUUCGCCACUGCCGCCCCACCACCAGCAGCAGCCUCCACUCCACUCCCAGGGUCACCUACCGCCUCACCCUCACGGACUCCCGCCCCCACCUCAGCCCCCUAUGCCGUCUGCCCAAUCACUUGCCCAGCAGAUGGCGAUGCAGGGUCCGCCCCCUCCGCAGCCUUACCAGAACCACACCCCUGCGCCUCCCCCUCAAACCCGGUGGGUUGCCCCACGUAACCGCAACCCUGGUUAUGGCGGGGGCGGCAGCGUGGACAGCAGCGGCUCGUCAAGCGGCGGAGGGGUCGGCAACGGCGGCGGUGGCGGACCUCCGGGUUCGGGUGCCAUCGAAUCCCACCCGGUCCUUGAAAAGCUACGUGCGGCGCACAGCUACAAUCCCAAGGACUUUGAUUGGAACCUGAAAAACGGCCGGGUUUUCAUCAUUAAGAGCUACUCUGAGGACGACAUCCACCGCUCCAUCAAGUACUCCAUCUGGUGCAGCACGGAACACGGUAACAAGCGGCUGGAUUCGGCCUUUCGCGCCAUCAAUGGCAAGGGUCCCGUCUAUCUGCUGUUUAGCGUCAACGGCAGCGGACACUUCUGCGGCGUGGCGGAGAUGCGCUCGCCCGUAGACUACGGCACCAGCGCCGGCGUUUGGGCGCAGGACAAGUGGAAGGGCAAAUUCGACGUGGACUGGCUGUUUGUUAAAGACGUGCCCAACAGCCAGCUCAGGCACAUCCGCCUGGAGAACAAUGACAACAAGCCCGUGACCAACUCCCGUGACACGCAGGAGGUGCCUCUGGAGAAGGCCAAGCAGGUGCUGAAGAUCAUCGCCACCUACAAACACACCACCUCCAUCUUCGAUGACUUCUCACACUACGAGAAACGGCAGGAGGAGGAAGAGGUGGUAAGAAAGAACCUAGAGCCUGCUCCUCUCCAGAACCGAUCCCGACUGGAUCAAGAACGCCAGAACCGAAAUAAACAAUAGAAGGCUGCCCCCUACAUAUGAUGAGCAGUUGUUUUAGGACUGACCAUUUGAAAAUGAAAUUUAAAGAGGACACAAGAUGAAAUUUAAAAAAAAAUAAACAAUCAUUUUGUUUUUCUAUUUAAUUCUGGUGACUUCAGCCAGCGUCAGACUCGAGCCUCUGCGCCUCCGGCUUCACCUGUGGCGGCUGAAGUCGAUUAGCACCUCUCAACGUCGCGUCAUCAUUUCUUUUUCUUUUUUUUUUUCUUUCUCUUCUUUUCUAUGGUUUGGUAUUGUUUUCAUACACCUUCCUCCCUCCUUUGACCAACCGAUAUCUGCACAAGUCUUUUAUUUCAUCCUAUAUUUUUGUUUCUUCAGCCCCACUGCUCCUCAUCAUGCCCUUCAGAGUUGGUUAAAUGAGUGGGUAGUGACUUCUGUGAUGUGUGUAUGUGUGUGUAUCAGGGAUGGUGGUGGAGUGUAUGUCAGUCAUGUGAUAUGGCAGAGGUAAGGGAGGGGGGGGGUGUGUUCAGACUCCGCUCUGGUUGGGGGAGGGGCAUCUCCAGCAUCAGUAACUGUAACAGGCCAGUGGUUUUGAACCCAUUUGUGGAGAAUCGUGCAACUGCGUAGAAGGGACAAUGACAUGUGUCUUGACAUGAGAUGAUGUUAUAAAAAAAAAAAACUAUAUUUUUGAAUUAUGUAACACUUGACUUUUUUGUUCAGUGACGAGCCACUUAUGUCACAGGUUUUGUUUUUUCUUUUCUGUUUUUCCUGCUUGGAGCCUUAACAUUUUAAAGCUACGGAAACCGUUUAAUAAUGGCUGUUCUAUACCUCAAUUGAAACAGCGUUAUCAGGGAGACGACAUCCCAUGCAUCCUUAACCAAGGGAAGUCAACAUUGUCACUGGCUGGACUAAAAAAAAAGAACAAAAAAAAGAAAAAAAAGAAACUAAAACUAAUGUUUUUGUUGCGGUUCAGAGCCCAGCGCUCAGACUCUGUUCCCAUACACGCUUAAUGUUUAAGAGCAGAAAUGUAACUACUUACUGUUCCAACCCCGCCCAGCAGAGGUCGCUGUUUCUUUAAGCCAAUCUGAGAGAUGUAGCAAUUCACUGCUUUUUAUUUGAAAUCACCUUAGAUGCAUCACCUCCUUUUUUUUUU